CGGCGGGCAGGCUGGGGCAAGGGCGGGGUCCUGCCGCCAUCUUGUGGGUCGGUUGGUCAGGCGGCGGCGGCGGCGGCGGGGACGGAGCAGGAGGCGACGCCAUGUUGGAGCGGGUACUGGGGCCGAGAUACGCGCAGCUGCUGAGGAACUGGAUUCCAACAAUGACAACUUGGGGAGCUGUGGGGAGUGUAGCAUUUAUAUAUGUUACAGACUGGAAAGUAAUAGUUGGUCGUAUCCCAUACAUAAAAGGAAAAUUCAAGACUGAAUGAAGAUCUCACUAGCUUAAUGGAAUUAAAAGAAUAAUCUGACCAAGUGAUCAAUGACAGACACCAAACCAGUCAAGAAUUUUGUGAACUGAACAUUUCUAGUUUUGAACUUUUAAAGCUGAGCAGGAAUCGGUUCUAACAUCUUCUGAGGCUGCAUGUAAUAAUAUAAAACAGAUUGUGGCCACUGGAACACUUACUGCUCUGAUUCUUCAGAUUUUGGGGAUAUUUUGGUCUUUGAAUGUAUCCUCCAGCUUCUAAAAUAAAAUAUGUAAACCUGUAAUAUAAA